CUUACCAGAAGCUGCUCUUCAAUUUCCGUGAUUUUCGAUAUUUUUUCUUUUUUACUUCCUUCUUGACUGGGUUUUGUCUGUAGAGAUCCAUUUUUGGUUAAGAAGAAGAAAAUUUUGGUGUGAUUUCAUGAUCUCUGUGUUUGAGUUUGUGGGUAGUUUCAAUACUUUGAAAAUUCUUGCCCUUUGAUUGUGAGUCUGGUCUCUAGUCAUGGUUCUCUCUCGGAAUUUCUUUUGGUCAGUUUUGUUACGAUUCACUUACUAUGUGAAUAUUGAGACCUGAAAAUUCUUUGGGUUUUCUUUGGUUUCUUUCAGCUGUCGUUAAAGCCUGGGGUUUUGGUGCUUUGAUUUUUGAGUUCAAUUCUUUUUGGGUUAUUGUCUUUCAUGGACUGGUAUAGCUUCGUUGAUUAGCUCUUUCAUUCCUUUGCUAGUUCUGUUUAUGACGAUAAAUUCUUGCGUCUAAUCUCUAUUAUCAUAUACUAAGCUUUUUGUAGAUUUGAUUGCUGGUGGUAUCGUUGUGGAUUGUGGUUGCUCAAAGUCUUAAUUUUGAGCACUUUUCCUGGGUUUGCCACAUAAAAUAACAGUUAUCCAGGAUACUUUUAGGGGUUUCUACAUCAUCUUUUCAUGUGGGUUUUAUUCUUUUGCUUAUUUUGUGGUUUGCUUGAUCAAUCAAAACGCAGAUACUUCAAUUUCACUCAAUCUUAUCACAUAAAAUAACGGUUGUAGAAUCUGCUAGUUAGUCCACCGUAUUCUUCUGGGUCUGUUCAUCUCAUGUUGUUUUUUAAUAUAUCUGUUUCAGGAAGGCUGAUGGAUGAAGAUUGUAGUUGGGUUCUUGAUCUUAAUGCUAGCUCCUUUAAUUGUUGUUAGCUGACGGCUGUGCAUGGUGUGAAUGCUUUGUGGUGGGGUUUGGAUUAGAAAGAGAAAGAUAAAAGGAGAGUGAGAGGCCUGUAGUAGUGUUUAUAUAUGCUGAAGUCUAAGAGGUUAAAGAUAAGGCCCAGUGGAAGUGGAAGAGAUAAUAGUAGUACGAGUAGUUGCCGUGAAGCUUGUGACUGUUGCAAGAACAGCACAAGAAGAGAGAAGCUUAGCAUCAGAUGUUAUCCAUUGAAAACCCUCCACCAGAUCCCUCAUGUGUUUGCCAAUUUCCACAACUGAAUAGUAGUAGUGAUGAGAGGGCUUCUCAUAAACUUCCCUUGACAGAGUUAGAUCUACCAAACCCACACCUUGAUCAUCAUAACCCACUUCCCAAUUUCUCUAUAAGAGAUUAUGUAUUUACAGCCCGGAAUAAAGAUAUCAAGAAGAGUUGGCCUUUUUCUCUGAAAAACUUGCAGCUUUGUUUGAAACAUGGCGUGAAGGAUGUGUUACCACCAUUUCAGCCUCUUGAUUCAGCAAGGAACCAGUCUCUUAGAAUAUGUACGGUAGAGACCACUCCACUUGAGAAGCAAAACACUAAAGAUUUUGUUAAGGAGCCCUCUAGGCCAGAAAAUUAUGUGGUACUAGACUCAUCUGAUGAUGCCCAGUUGAAUAAUAAGAUAGCAGAAUCUUGCAUAGAUACUAGUUCAUGUAGAUCUGGAGAAGAAAAUGAUUUUCCAUCCACAACCACAAGUGUUUCUCAAUCUGAAAUAGAGUCACUUCCUGAUAACAGACAAUCUAGCUCACUUUUACAAACUAAGAUUCGCAGGAAAAAAUCAAUUGCACAGGCUGUGGGACCUUCUGAGAGUAACAAGACCGAGAGCACCUUCCGGCCUUUGAACAGGAAGUGCAGGUUGAUAGUGAAAUUUGGUGGCAACUCUGGUCGUAACUCAGCUGAAGAUAUAGCUUCCAAUUCUACUGCUGUGUCAGAAACCAUGGCUUCCAAAGUUUGCCCUGUUUGCAAAACUUUCUCAUCCACAUCAAAUACUACCUUGAAUGCUCACAUUGAUCAGUGCCUUUCUGUGGAGUCAACACCCAAACUGACAGCUAAUUCUAAGCUAACAAGAUAUAGGAUUAAGCCGGGGAAGACAAAGUUGAUGGUAGAUAUUUAUAGGACAGCUCCAGCAUGCACAUUAGAAGAACUUGAUAGAAGAAAUGGUACAAGUUGGGCCACAGUUCCUAGUUUUCCUACUGAGGAAACUGAGAAAACUGAGACUACUAAUGAAGGGAAAAAGCAAACGGUGUCACAGAUUCAUCCUGAAGAUGUUGGUGAUGUAGGUCCCGUCUAUAUUGAUGCAAAUGGCACCAAACUUCGGAUUUUAUCCAAGCUUAGUGACCAACCUUCAGUUUCAAAAGUAGGGAAGGAUACUGGAGCUAGGGAACCUUUUAAAGAAGAGAAAGGAAUCAAACACAUUUUAAAGAAGAAGCUGGCACAAAAACAUCAUAAGUUUCUGAAACCUGCUCCUCAAAGCAAGAAAAUUUUCUCUCACAAGGCCUAUGGCUCCCAGAUUUCUAUUUCUGGAGGGCGAGAAGAAUGUAAAGGAGAGGCUAGAAGUUGUGAGAAAGAACAUGUAAUGUCAAAACAAACCAAAUCCGGUGAUUCUGGAACUUUAAGACCAUGGGUUUGCUCAAAACGAAGAGGUUUUACCAAGAAGCUUACUAGUCAAGGGGACCGUCAACCUGUCAGAUGUACUUGGCAUUUGCCUCAGGAUUUUCUGAUCGACGAUAGUAAAUCAACUUCAGGUGAUUCUCUUGCUGAGAGGAAUCACGUUCAGCAAUUUACCAAUCAGUCUGAGAAUCCUAUAUCUUCUUCAGAAAAAAGUGGGAAGAUGGAGGAGUCCUUUCAUAAAGUUGAAGUUAGCAACAAGAAUGAGGAGUCUCUUGGUAGAAAAAGAGUGGGUCAUCUCUUGGGGGAAGGCAAGACCAGUGACAACAUGGAGAGCUUUUCUCCAUCGAUGAAAGCAAAUUACAAUCAAUUGGGAAAAAAUGGCAAUUCAGUUCAUGUAGGCUGCAAGCUCAGGCCUGCGAACUCUUCUGCGAAUUAUGCAUCUUUGCUGAGCAAGAAGACAGUUAGUACUCGUGAAGAUACAACCAUUAAUCCUGAUGUUCCUUGCACUGGUAGUGCAAAAUCUACACGGAAUGAUCAUGUAAUUGUAACUAAAGCAAUGGAAUUCUCCUCCUUUAGGAAAAACAUUUUGUCCGAUAAUGGUCAUUCUUCUGAGACUAUAUCUGUGCCUCGUAAAAUUAAGAAUUGGUCAGCCACUGAAAAGUCUCAAAGGUGUUUCCUGAAAAAAAGGAAUGAAGGGGCAGUGACUUGGUAUUCUGAAGUUGAUCAAGAAGGUGAUUUGAUGCAUGGAGAUGCAGAAAAUCAUGUUGAAAAUGAAGAAAUAGCUGAUGAGGAGUCUCAUGAGAGAAGCAUUGUCCUACACAUUAGACAAGGAAGAGGGUUGUCAAGUAUUUCUCAAGGGGAGGAAGCGUUGGCUUUGAGGAGCUCAAAAACUGCAACUUCGUGUUUUCAUCAUAAUGUUCAGGUAAAUGCAGAUUCUUCAUCUGGAAUUGGUGAUGAUUUGCUACAGAAAGCCGAUUAUGUGGACAAUGGUAGAAAACAGGUCCAUAUCUAUAAGGAUGGCAUUGUUGUUGAACUGUCUUCCAAGACUUCUAAUGACAGGAGCUCAAGAAGCUUAAUUAAGUCAGUAGACUCAGAAUUUUACAAGCUCGGUGAUUCCUUGAAGGUCCAAUCUAACUCUCUCCGAUCUGUUGAAGAUUAUAGAGGGCUUUGGUGUAGGAAUGAAGCACCAAGGGGUCCAACUGAGUCUGAUUUUGUGAAUGACCAAGAGAUAUUUUCUGCUGAUGAAGUUGGCAACUGCAUGGUGGGACAAGAUGCUGAUGUAGGGUUGGAGUUGGAUUCAGUAGCUGGGCAAGGGAGCUCUUUUCCAGAGGUUGAUCCAAUACCUAUUCCAGGACCACCAGGGUCAUUUUUGCCAAGUCCCAGGGAUAUGGGAUCAGAAGAUUUUCAAGGAAACUUCUCCCUUACCACAAGCCAGGUUCAUUCUUCUCCAGAUCAACAUGAUGUGAUUGAUGGAGAUUUGUCUGAUUCGCCAGUGUCUGCAGCAUCCAGUAUAUCUAACUCCAUGACAGAUAGAUCUGUUUUUAAUUUUUCUGAACCAUCUUUUUCAGUAGGACCUCAUAUUUUUCAAGAGAAGAUUAAGUCAAUGGGUACUAGUGUUCAGCCUUCAGUACAAAGUGCUGGUGCUCAGGCAACACCUGCAGAAAUUGAAAGAACUACUUUUGAUGGUGAAUAUUUGAAACUUGAUAAGCUCUAUAUUGAGAAGGGCUCUCCUUUCAAGAAUGAUCAGCCAUGCUGUUGCCAGAGGAAGGAGAGAUUUUCUCUGGGUGUUGCUUUAAAUUUUCAAGAUUCCCAACUAUUAAAACGACGGAGAAUGGCUUCAAUCUCUGUGCCUGCUAAUGGAAAGCAUAUGGAUUUCAACUCCAAUCUAAGGCCUGCAAAUUUGGAUGGGAGGCCUGAGGUAGCUCCUCCAAUUAGUUGUGCAAAUUCAGGCCCCAAGAAGGUGAUUCUCCCAGUCAUUAAGCCCCUUGCAGGUUCUGUUCCUUUUAAGGAUUCCCCAAAUUCAGGAGUGAGGGUUUUAGGUCGAGCUGAUACUGAUUCUGCUAGUCCAUCUGCUUCCAAUCCUAUCCUUCGUCUGAUGGGAAAGAACUUAAUGGUGGUUAACAAAGAUGAAGAUAUGUCUGAGCCACUUGGGGGAGUCCAACCAUUUGUUCAGAAUAACCAUCAAACGUCUCCUUUUCUGGCUUUCUUCAGAGCCUCUCCUGGCAAUAUUCAGAAUCAUGACUGCCAUCCCUUACCACAUACGAGCCAAGCUUCUAUCAACUGUGGUCAGAACUCACAUAAAUUAGGUCAAUGCUUUGAUGAGGGGUUGUCAAAUGGUUUUAGAAGCAAAUCUGAUUCAAGGUUACCUCUACGCACCUGACUACCGGCAGCAAUAUUUCACGACCAACUUACAGAUUGCAGUUUUGGAACAUCCAUGGAGUGUCAUGAGUAUAAAGGUGAUUACAACAUUUCAAGCCAACGUGAUAGGCUAAAGAACAGACUAAAUGACCUACAUAUAAAAUGGAGAAAGUUAAAACAACUCUUGACUGCCAUUGUCAACGUAAGGAUUCCUCCACAAAUCCAGUAAAAGAAAUUAUCAUCAUUGAUGACGUCCCUGGAACUGAAAAUGUUGUGAAGGUGGGAGAGGAGGCCAGGUUGCUUCUGGCAUCUUGAUUCUAGCAGCUCCAAAUUGCAACCCAAGUUGUGUGCAUCCUUUUCUUGUUACGAGUCCCAUGAACGUCCUCUCCUUCGUGAAUCACCUAUUGUGCGGACUGCUGGCUUCCACGGAACCGCAACAAAGCUAAGCAACUCAGGCCCUGUAAGGCGGGGAUGUACUUCAGAAUGUCCUGGUGCGCUGCAACAGAGUCCCUUUACUGCUGCAUCAUCCUCAACUGGUCAUCUAAGAUCUGCAGCACUGCAUUUCUCCAGGAUUUUCAUAGUCAAAGUACUUCAACUCGUAUGGUCGUUUCUGCAACAUUGUGCUUUACUACGUUGUUCAUCAAUCAAUCAAGAAGCAGACUUUAGCAUCUACCACCUGACUACUGGAUGCAAGAAACUUCUACAGCUGAAAUCAUGGCAGUUCGAUCAAAGACAGCCUGCAUAAGUUUAGCAUUUGGGAACUCAGAGAAACAUUUGUAUUCAUUUCUAAUGCCCUGGAUGUUGAGUCAGAUUUUAAGCAGUUGUUUAGGUUUCUGCUUAGGCAAUCUCCAAUUUGUCCGAAAGACUAGAUAAUGUAUAAGGAAUCCUUGAAUAACAGUUGACAAGGAAACUUGGCUGAAAGACAAGAAGUCAAAUUUUCCUACAAAGUUCUCGCCCUCAUUUUUCUUUUUAUAUCAUUUCAUUUUAUCUUCUACCUUUCA